CAAGAAAAGAAAAUCCGUUCUAAUCAACUGCAAGUCACUCAGCUUGAAUUUCACCAAAUUUUCACAAGCAAAGACGAGCAGAAGUAUUUUGCAGAAAAGAAAUACCUAAAAAAGGAGCGAAGAACGAUUGGUGGAAUCUCUAACAACUCCGCGAAUGUGAGUCAAAGCCCAGGGCCAUGUUUCUAUCGAAAUCAGUCCAAACCUUAAGACCAAUUGAUGAAAAGUAAAUCCAUUGUCACGUCCACGGCGAUGGCAGAAAAUGCGGGUGGCGGAGCUGGAUUUGGAUUUUCGAAAGCCAUUUAUGUGGAGGUGCUGGACUUCAAUCAGAGGAGAAUGCGAAUGGCCAAAGGGUUUAAAUCAUGUAUGUGAGAAGGUUUUUUUCCCUGAGAGCACGUGAUAAGCACGUGACCAGAAGGGGAGAAAUACAGGUACUUCCUACCAAGAAGCGUGUAGAGAGCCUCCCGGUCCCGUGUAGUCUCUCAAGUUUCCGUGGAUGGGCCAGUCAACUUCGACGGCCGCAUUCUCGAGCCGCCGUGAAGUCAGCAACUGCUACCGAGCCAAGGUCAAACCAACGGCUCUCAUCUCUCCAACGCUUACCGAUGAAUCAAGCGAUUUCCAUGUCUCCAAUACAGCACCCGAUUACAUCUCCGAGCUACCUGACGAGUGUUUGGCUUACAUUUUCCAGUCACUUAGCUCCGGCGACCGGAAACAAUGCUCUCUUGUGUGUAAGCGAUGGUUGACGAUCGAGGGGCAAAGCCGUCGUCGUCUUUCUCUCAACGCUCAAGCAUGUCUCUUCCCUCUGAUUCCUUCUCUAUUCUCUCGAUUCGAUGCCGUCACGAAACUAGCUCUCAAGUGUGAGCGCAGAUCCGUCAGCAUCGAAGAUGACGCGCUGAUUCUCAUAUCUUACAAAUGCCGGAAUCUCAUGCGCCUCAAGCUACGCGCCUGCGGCGAACUCACAUAUACCGGAAUGGAGACCUUCGCGAAAAAUUGCAAGGGUUUGAAGAAACUCUCUUGUGGAUCUUGCACCUUCGGAGCCAAAGGGAUGAACGCAAUCCUUAAUAACUGCGCAUCGCUGGAAGAAUUAUCCGUGAAGAGGCUCCGUGGUAUCACGGAUGGAACUGCGGCCGAGCCGAUUGGGCCUGGCUUAGUCGCAUCUUCUCUCAAGACGCUUUGCUUAAAGGAGAUUUACAAUGGACAGUGUUUUGGGCCUCUUAUAAUUGGGGCAAAGAAUCUCAGGACUUUGAAGCUUUUUCACUGCUCUGGUGAUUGGGACAAGCUUCUUGAAGUUAUUGCGGAUCAAACCUCCGGUUUAGUUGAGAUCCAUCUCGAGAGGCUCCAGGUCACCGAUGUUGGCCUUGCAGCCAUCUCUAAUUUUCCGAAUCUGGAGAUCUUGCACCUUGUCAAAACCCCAGAGUGCACCAAUUUAGGGCUCGUUUCAGUCGCAGAGCGUUGCAAAUUAUUAAGGAAGCUUCACAUUGAUGGAUGGAAGGCUAACAGAAUAGGUGACGACGGUCUAAUUGCUGUGUCUAAGUUUUGCACUAAUUUGCAAGAAUUGGUUCUUAUUGCAGUCAAUCCCACAAAACUGAGCUUAGAAAUGCUGGCAUCCAAUUGCCAGAAUCUAGAGCGAUUGGCCUUAUGUGGAAGUGAUACUGUUGGUGAUGCGGAGAUUUCGUGCAUUGCUGCAAAAUGUAUUGCAUUGAAAAAGCUUUGCAUCAAGAGUUGCCCUGUUUCGGAUGAAGGAAUGGAAGCACUUGCGAGUGGAUGCCCAAAUUUGGUGAAAGUAAAGGUCAAGAAGUGUAAAGCAGUGACUUGUGAUGGUGCAGAUUGGUUGAGGGCAAGUAGAGGGUCGCUUGCUGUUAAUUUGGACACUGUUGAACCUGAACCUCAGGACGCAAGUGCUAGCGAUCGUGGGGCACAGGAAAAUGUUGUUGAGUUUGCUUCCGUGGUUGUGGCUGCGCCUAUUAUUGCAUCCAGAAACACUGGAAGAUCUGCCUCAUUUAAGUCAAGGUUGGCUUGCACUUUGAGAAGGUUGUCAGGUGGUAACAGCAGUUCUCGAAACAUUUCCUAAAGGAAUCUAGAACAAAAGUUAUGAAACGGAGCAAAGUCCACUUUUGGUCUGAUCAGUUUGCAUUAUGUUGCAUUUUAUUAUCUGAUUUCAUCUCACUUUUGUAGUUAAUUUUAUGUUGUGUGCUGUUUAUUGCAUCUUGAAUUGAUUUUUCAGUGUGGAAAAUUGUCAUAUUCCUGUGUUUUAUGUUUCUAUUAACUUGAAUUUGUGUUAACUUGUUUAGUAAAAUUUUUUAUACCUUGGAGGCUUGGAC